AUGGGGAGAGUAGUUCUUCAAUGUCCAGCAACCCUCCUAUUCCCCCCUCACAUCCACAUCCUAUUAUUGUGUGACCAAUACCAUCCAAAUCAUUCUUACUUUCAUUUCCCAAAGUUAUCCGUCUACAAGGAGACCUGUAUAGAUCACAUGAUGGCACCAAUGAGGAUGGAGGAGGACCGGAGUCACAUGACUGAGAAGAUACUAAACCUCACCCUGGAGAUCAUCUACCUGCUGACCGGAGAGGAUUCUGGGAGUCUAACAUGAUAUUCUUAUUGGUUCCUCAAUACAGAGAUUUCCUCUUCUGAAGUCAGGUGAUCAUAUGACCAUCACAGUGCCUCCAUGUGACUCCCUAAACCCUGAGAGACACAAAACAUGGAGAAGAUUCUAGAAGUCACCAAGAAGAUGAUGGAGCUGCUGACAGGAGAGGUUCCUAUAAGGUGUCAGGGUGUCACUGUCUAUUUCUCCAUGGAGGAGUGGGAGUAUUUAGAAGGACACAAGGAUCUCUACAAGGACGUCAUGAUGGACAAUCAGCCGCCCCUUCACCGGAUGGAUCCAGUCAUGGGAACCCACCAGAGAGAUGUCCCCGUCCUCUGUAUUCCCGGGAUUCCACACAGGAAGGUCACACCAUCCCCUCACCAUCAUCAGGUAGAUGAUGACAAUUAUUGGAACCCACCAGAGAGAUGUCCCCGUCCUCUGUAUUCCCGGGAUUCCACACAGGAAGGUCACACCAUCCCUCACUAUUACAAGGUCGGUGGGAUGGAGCAUCUAGAACAUGGACAUGUGAUGAUGAUGUGUGGAUUUUUUAUGUGGCCUUACAUUUUACAGAUGAUAUUUUCUCUCAUUUCCUUGAUUUAGAGUGGAGAUCCAAUCGAUAUAGAAUUUGAGGUGAAAGCAGAAGAAGAAGAGGCGUAUGUGAGGGAUGAUCAGCAGUCUAUGGAGGAGGAUGGAAUAACGGGGACAUUUAUAGAGGAGGACACUCCUACAGAGAUCAGCACAGGUGGGUCAUGAACACUAAAUCCAUUCCUCCACCCAUACUGCUCACUGAUUGGUCCAGAGUAGGGCGGGGACUGGGUGAUAUCAGCCUGUAAUCCCCUGGUCACUUUCCUGAGCUGUGUUCCCCGUCCUGUAUUCCUGGAUUUCUCUCGGA